AUGGAACUUUUCGAGGAAAAUAUAAAAAUGAUGGAAAGGUCAAUGUCUACGAAAUUGAAAAGAAUGGACGAAAUUGAGAAAGAAACGGAAACUUUAACAGAAACAAUGCUCAAUAAGCAACUUAAGAUUGAAACAAGAAUUAAUGAUUCUUACCUGGAAAUUAUCAAUAACUUUAAAACUCAAUCUAACAACGAAACAAAAUUAUAUGGAGAAAAGAUGGACUCUUUCUUUGAUUCUUUGUCUUUGAAAAGUCAGACAUUAAGUGAAGCUGAAAAGGAACGGGAAAGAAAAAUGGUAUCAAUGCAGCGUGAUUCACACGAAGAACACAAACGGUUUAAUACGUCAUCUGAUGCAAUUGUGAAAAACUUCAUGGUUCAAUCUAAUAAGACAUUGCAGGAAUUAAUUUUACAACAACAGAAAGAUUUCAACAAGAUGUUGGCGAAAAGAGAAACAGUUGCUUUCUCAGCUUACGGUUCAAGUUCACAAACAUUGUCAUCCCGUGAAAAAGUGAUAUUUGAUGGAACAUGGACCAAUGUAGGGAAUGGAUAUGAACCAAUUACUGGGAUAUUUGAAGCUCCACACCCAGGUCUUUAUCACUUGACUGCUGUUGUUAUGUCAACUGAUGGAAAAAGUCUUGGAUUGGAUCUUUAUCACAAUGGAGUGCGGAUAACAAGAAGUUAUCUUAGUGGGGAUGGUUAUAAGACAGGAACAUUUGAUGUUGUACUUAAUCUACAGAAAGGAGACAAAGUACAUAUCGAGAGUGAUACAGGUUAUACAAUCUAUAGUAGCAGUAAUAAAUACAUUACAUUUUCUGGAUAUAGGAUCACAUAA